UCUCCCACCAGAGGAAGAAAACCUUUAUAAACCCUAAAAUUUCAGAGUCUCUGGUUAUCGAUCGCCGAAAACAAUGGAUCCUCAGCCUGAGCCAGUCAGCUACAUCUGUGGAGAUUGCGGCCAAGAAAACACACUGAAGCAAGGGGAUGUGAUUCAGUGUCGUGAAUGUGGUUAUCGUAUUCUCUACAAGAAACGUACCCGCCGAAUUGUUCAAUAUGAAGCUCGUUGAAGUCAACAUCAAAGUCCCACCAUGUAGCGGUUGUUCGGUAUGAAGCUCGUUUAAGCAGUAUGAAGUAGGUCUCCAUGUAUUAUAACUGCUGCAAAUUGUGUUAUAUAAUGUUCUACUUUUAUACUCGUAACCGUAAUAUGUGAUCGUGUGUUUUCUCGUGUGAGUAGUCUAUGUUCGAACGAGUAAUCUGGAAAAAGAUUUGGUUUUUAAUAUUUGCUACUACUUGCUUGUUAUUUUU